AUGCGGGCCGACAUACAUCUCGCGCUGCCGAACGGAUUCACGCCUCUGUGUAUCGCCGUGCAUAAUCAACGCCCUGAGAUUGUGGAGAUGCUGAUCGAGGCCUCAACGGAGGUCAACAAAGCCAUAAAGGAUCCUAAGGAUGGACUGCAAAAGCCACCGCUGGCGAUCGCAGCAGCAUGCGGGCACACGGGCGUUGUGCGCAUGCUCGCUCGUUCUCGUGCAGAUCUGGAGACGCCGGCUCCUUCUGGUGACACCGCCAUGGAAGUUGCCAAGAAGGCCGGCUACGAAGCUGUGGUUCGAAUCCUCGAGGGAUCGGAGCCCCUGGAGAUUGAACCGGCACCGCCCAGAGCUCCAUCACCAGGACUGGACACCCGCGCCGGGGUAGAGGAGCUGGCCCCGGCCGAGGAUGACAACACCGCUGGCUGCGGACGUCCGAUCUGUAGGCACUACAUCCGCAACGAGUGCAAUCGUCGAAACUGCCGCUACUGCCACGGUCCGCACUGCCGCUUUUGCAGGGCGCAGGAAGUGUCCAUGCAGGGGGACCGCGCAUGGGCUGCGCGGGGGCCGAUGCCAACGCACGCGGAUCGGGCAGACUUCUACUUCCGUGGGCACAACCGAUGA